AAAGAAAUAGAAAAGAAAAAGAGCGAGUGCAGUGCAAGUGCAGAGAGAGAGAGAGAGAGAGAGACACUUCUCUUUUUCUACGUUUCAUCUAACCAUUGCGUCUUUCUGAUCAAAGUCAAAACACACCCAUAAAGACCACCAUUCACAACCUUCUCUCCCUUUCAACAACAACACACUGGUUUUCGCUUCCACUUUCUUAAGCACGCGGUAUUUGUUUUUCCAUCUUCUCUCUCCACUUUCCAACAUUACAUUACAUUACUUACAAACAAAAUAUAUUCACACCCUUUUCUUCUGAUUCGGUUUUUCAAUUUUCCGUUUUAUUUAGAGAGGAAAAAAAGGGAGAAAGGGGUCUUUUUUCCUUUUCUUUUCUCCUGGGUUUUGGUCUUUAACGCCAGAAUCUGAAACAGCAACGCAAACUCACAACGUUGUUUGUUCUCAUUUACAUACGCAAACGCUUGUGUUUGUUUAUGUUAUGCCUAUGGUUUCUGUUCUUUGUUACCGAGCCCAACCCGAACAUUAAUCCAAUCCAAUUUCGCCGAAACGUGACGCCAUGCGAAAAAAAGCUGGUGAAUUUACAAGCUUUGAAUAUUGAUUGUGGUACCCUUUUCACCCUUCGUCAUUGCUGUGUUCAGGGAUCAAGAAGGACGAUCACAUGAAUGGGAAUUUGAGAAUCCAAAUUUGAGUGGAGGCUGAUUGGUUUUGUGUUGAAUUUUUGGAUCUGUUUUCUUGGUGGGAAUGAGGAUGAAGUCGAGGUCACUGGAUGAGUGGAGGAGUUACUUUGGGAGUGCGAAUUCGGAUAUAUUUGAGAUAAUUGAGCAUGCCAUCAUUGUGGCGGCUUCGGAUUGUCCUAAGGAGUUUAGAGUGAGGAGGGAUGGAAUCGCGGAGAGGUUGUUCUCUUCAAGGUUGACUCGGUGUUUGGGAUGUGACCGUGUGGAGUUGGCUGUGGCUGUGUCUGGGGAUGGUAAAGAGAAAGCAGAUGAUGAUGGUCAUGAUGAUGGUCUUGAUGACAGGGGUUGCAAGAUUGUGGGGUUUGAGAGAGAAGAAGAAGCAGGGGCAAGCAAAGAGAGCAAGGUCAAUGGUGGCGGAGAUUUGGAUGUGAACCCUGUUAGCAACUAUAGCUUUGGGGAGGCCGAGGCAUUGACGGAUGAGAUUGAAGAGGAAUCUCAGUAUAUAGGGGAGAUUUUGAGGAUCAGGGACAUUCUUCAUAACCGUGAAGAAGAGUCUGAGUCUGUAUUGCUUGAUUCAUUGAGGAGGCUUAAGCUCAUUGAACUCACUGUGGAUUGUCUGAAGGCAACUGAGAUUGGCAAAGCUGUCAACCCUCUCAGAAAGCAUGGGUCAAAAUAUAUCCGUCAACUUGCAAAGACUCUCAUCGAUGGCUGGAAAGAAAUGGUGGAUGAAUGGGUAAAGGCCACUGCUACCACAGCUAUUCCAGUAGGUUCUGAAGGCACACCUGAUUCAGUAAAUCCAUCUGUUGUUGAUGAUGAUGAUGAAGAAGAAGGACUUCCAUCUCCUCCUUUGGAUGAAGGGGCUUUCUUUGUAACUCAAACUGGUUCAAUGGAACUCUCACAGUUCUUUGAUGGCAUGGAUGAUGAUGGAAAUCCUCGACCAACUGAGCAGUUCAACAAGAACCGUGAGAAUGGGAGAAGGCCAGCUUUGAACGGCCAACUUAUAGAAAAGAGGAAGUUGCAAGCCUCCCAUGAGACAGACAUCUCCACCAGGGACAGGGAGGUUAAGAGUCAGCAACCAAAGAAAAAUGAGGCUGCUGUGUGGCUAAAUAAACCAGUUACUGCUGAUUCCGGUCCUGGAAGACCACCAAAAUCAAAUAUGCAAAGAAAAAGUAACAUGGAGCCAAAGAUGCAGCAAAAAGUAGAGAACAAUUCAAACACAAGGAGGCCUCCCACCGGUCAGCUAGAUAAAUCCAUGCGUUCAGAUGAUGCGGCAGUCCAAGUGAAGCUCGAAGCCACCAAGAGGAAACUUCAGGAGAGCUAUCAACAAGUUGAAAAUGCUAAGAAGCAGAGAACAAUACAAGUUAUGGAAAUAAAUGAUAUCCCCAAGCAAGUUGUCCGCAGAAAUCCACAUUUCAAACCUGGAUAUCACAAUAGGCAGUGGGCUAAUGCAAGGAGAUGAAGCUAUUCUAUGGUGGACCUGCAGCAUUCUAUGGAUUGAAGAUUCAUCCAAUUGACUGUAGAAAAUAACAAAUCCAUUCACCAUUUGGACUUGCAUAGAGUUAUUUUGAUUUAGAGGGAAGUAAACCUUGAAAUUAAAACGCUGUUUAUUUCCCAAGUUAUAGGAGUUAAGUACAUAGGAAUUUUGUUCUUCAACAUUGGAUUUAGAAGAGGAUCCUAACUUGGCACCUCUACUUUUGACUUGCUUCCAUAAUGAUUGUCUAUAGAAGUCUCGAUUUUUCUGGACAUUUUUUUGUCCCAUGUGACAUAAUAUAGGGUCUCAUAAAAGUUAGCAUAUAUAGCCUUGGAAAGUGCUUUGUCACAACCUCAAUGGUCUUGUCUAAAAUCCUAGAUUUGAUGUACAAGAAUUUUAAUUUUCAAUAACAUUGAAUUAUUACUUUGAAGCCUUUUUCA